GUAAAGACAGCUUAUUAUCCUUCUGCAAUACCCGGAGUUUAUUCGAUUUCGAGGUCACAGCCCUUGCUCGAUAGGAAAAACUCUCCCUCCUCCAUACCUACAGCUCCUAAGAAUAUGAUGUCUUGUUCACUCCAAGGGUCCACUAUUUCUGCGUUGGUAGAAGGCCAUCGCUACCAAUUGACCGGUUCCAAACACGAUGCCAUUGUUAAGAUCUAUAGCAAUCAAUCGACGCCGACCAUAAACCUGGGCCCGAAAACACUGGCCUCGGGCAUACCAACGGUCUUAUACGUCACUUCUAAUAGGCUAAAGGCUGCGGUUACCCCGACAUUCUCAUAAUUAUCUCUCGAGGCAUUACCGCACGAAUUGAAUCACUCUCCGAGG